AUGACUUUCAAAGCUCUCUCACCAGAACCUUUUCUACAGCGUCCACUUUCUCAAGCAGCACGGGGCUGGCAAUCGAAGUUACAUCCCCUCCGCAGUAACAACGGCCGGAAUCUCAUUCACUCGCAAUUUAGCAUCUCAGAUUGGCUCGUGAUAGGUUCCUGCUUACAAGCUCUCAUCAUCCUCGUUUCUCCCUACUCGGUUGCCCACUCUUUGGCUCCUACGUUUGCUCUCGCAGCAUACAAGAUCAUGAAGACGGUCUGUAUCACGUGUCGCUUACAUGCGAAUCCUCAUAUGGACGGCGUCCGGAUUGGUAGGACCACGGCCAUCUUUCCGGCAUCAGAUGGGAGCUUUGAUCGGAAUAAGGGGGAUACGUUUGGAGGUGAGGGCAUUUGCGUGUUCCUACUAUCGACGAAAUGUAACCAUCCGUUGGGUAUGAUGUACCCACCAUUCAAGACUUUGUUAGACCAUGGACGAGACAUGUUCAUAGAGCUUGAUAAGAACCCAGCAGACUAUGGCUUCCUCGGUCAUUCUACAUACGACAGCACUGAAGAUAUCACCAAACCCGUCAGCAUGUCUAUACUUUACUUCCGUUCCCUAGAACACGUUUACAAGUUCGCCCACUCGAAGAUCCAUCGUGCAGGUUGGGACUGGUUCACGAAGAUGGGUGCAAAUAUAGAUCAGGUAUCGAUUGGACACGAGGUUUACGAUGUCCCGAAAGGGAAAUGGGAAAACAUCUAUGUUAAUGCUAAGCCCUACGGCUUUGCUGCAACAUCCCAUGCCAUAAAGACAGAUGGUGUCGAGAGACAAUGGGUAUGUCCACUGAUUGACGCCAAGAAAAUGGGAGGAAAACAGAGAAUGGAGCCAAUUAAAGGCUGA